CCAGCAUUGUAAUGUAUCAGAAAAGUAGUGUAAUAAUGACUCUAAAUAAUUUAUUUUAUUUUGUGCUAGUGUUCAUACCCUUGACAACAGGAGAAAUGGAAAAGGGUAGUCUGACGUUCGUGAUUGAUAAUACUCAAUCUAUGCAACGUGAUAUUGAUCAAGUGAAGUAUGGUGUGGAACUUAUAUUCAAUGCUGUAACUAAUUCAGUGGAGUCUCCGGUAGAAGACGUUAUAUUAAUAGCGUUUAACGACUUACCGACUCAGGUAGAUAUGUUAACUAGAACAAAAGAUCCAUUUAUAUUCAAAGCAAAACUCUCAGGAAUCAUUGCGGAUGGAGGUGAUGAUUGUCCAGAGAGUUCUAUGUCGGGAAUAAAGCUUGGUCUAAAAGAAGGUCUGCCUGGAUCGUUUUUGUAUGUGUUCACUGAUGAUGAGGCCAAAGACCACGACUUGUUGGAUGAUGUGCAAAGUCUUGCUAUAAAGAAAUAUACUCAGGUGGUGUUUAUUUUAACUCAUAACAAAUGCGGUAGAAGAAGCAAGACAUUUAAUGAAUAUCAUAAACUGGCAAAUGCUACUUCUGGUGCAGUGUUUUAUAUGGACAAAGAAUACAUCAAAGAGAUUUUAAAUUUAAUGGAAGAUACAGUUAAAUCCAGGCAAACGGAAAUUUUGUCUAAAUCAUUACCUCCGGGAUAUGGACACAAUGUAACGAUUCCCAUCGAUUCAGCCAUGAAAGAUUCAAGGCUUACAAGCAUUGGAACUCAUCCUGAAAUUACGGAUCUUACAGCGCCCGAUGGCUCGAAGCCAGAAGUAAAAACAAUUGUUGAUAUCCCUAGCGUCACGUCAAUAAAAGUAUUUAACAUCAGUAUGGCGGGUAACUAUACAGCAACUGUAGGAAGUGAGUCUGCCACAAAAUUUAUAUGCACGGCCACAAGUAAAAUAAAUUUUAAAUAUGGCUUCUCUCCUGUUGAGCCAACCACUAUGGAGGAUACAGUGACUCUGCCAAUAGCUGAUGCAAAAUCUCAUAUAAGCGUGCAGAUUUUCACGGAAGAGGCAUAUGUUCCCAGCCAAAUAAUUUUAACCAAUGACGAAGGCGCGACAAUUGGAAAUCUUCCGUUAAAAUUAAUUAAUGCGAAAGAAAAUAUUUAUAUCACUGACAAAAUGGUUCCUCAAAAAGGAUUAUUUAAAAUCGGUGUGUUUGGAUAUCAUAACGAAAGUAAGACCAAUAUUACUCGAGUAAGUAAUACAUUUAUCGAAGUACAAAAGAUUUCAGAAUCACCCAAAAGUAUGUCUCCAGACAUGGAGAUUGAUAAAGGGAAUGAAAUAAAAGUCAAAUAUAACGACGCUAUAAAACUAGUAUGUACUGUCGAAGCAUAUCCCAAACCAGAGAUAACAUGGCAAGAUGAAGAUGGUAUUAUACUACCUACAGAAGUAUUACCUUUUAUGCUACCAUAUAGCUACAAGGCAGAAUUAGAAAUAGAUAAAGUUACUAUGACUAAAACCUAUAAAUGUUCAGCUAAAAACUCAGAAGGCGAUAUCAGUCGUAAAAUAAAAGUGGAAACUGAGAGAACUCAAUACCUGGAUAUAUUGGAAGAACCUGUAGACACUAAUGUAAUCUACAAGAAUAGUGCCAAAAUUAAUUGUAAAGUUGAUGCACUACCACCUGCUACCAUAACUUGGUAUGGAAAUGGAGAAAUCCUAAAAACUAACGAGUUUUUUGACGUAACGGACGCAGAAGUUCUCACUAUCAAGAAAAUGAUGCCGUAUUUGAUAGGAAGCUAUUCCUGCAAAGCGACUAAUGGAUUAGAAUCAAAGGAUUUGUCAUUCAAACUAUCUCUAACAGGAACUAAACCGAGCACAUCGAUCAUGGGACCUCCAAAGGUAAAUGCGAAAUAUAACAAGCCGUUAUUCUUGCGGUGUCAAGUAGAAGGGUACCCGAAACCUGAUAUUACUUGGAUAAAUGAAAAAACAGAAGUGGGAAUAAGAUCUGCCCCAGUUGAAGUGCCAGCUCCAUUUGACUAUGGACAAGAAACGCAAAUGGACAGAGCAAAUGAAAAUGCGACAUACAAAUGUAUUGCUAAGAAUGAAUUUGGCGAGCACAGCUCUUCUGUGAUAGUUGUGACUAUACCUAAAGAUUAUUUUGAUGUAGAAGAAGCACCUAAAGAUACUGCUAUCAAGUUUAAAGAAGAUGGGCAAGUAUUAUGUAAGGUAGAUGCCUAUCCUCCAGCAAAGAUUCAAUGGAAGUUCAAGGGAAGGCCAAUUGAAGAAAACGAUCACUAUAAGAUUUCGUCGGAUAGUACAUCGUUAGUAAUAAAGGACAUGCAGCCGGAUCUAGUAGGGGCUUACUUCUGCAGAGUGGACAAUAAGAACCACUUUGAGAACUUUAAAUUUGAAAUCACUAUCAGUGGAACAGAGAGACCGCGAAUAAUGAAAAUCAAUAAUGACGUACACAUUGAAGAGGGAUCUACGCUGGACAUCGAAUGCAGAAUUAUUAAAGGUAUACCUCCACCGACAUACACUUGGGCAUUCAAACCAGAUGGCGACGUAUUUGGUGCAAUGGAAGAGACUAGUAAUAAAAUUCAUUUGGACGAAGUUUCUCGUUAUGAUUCUGGAGAGUACGUAUGCACUGCCAGCAACGUCGCUGGAGAUGACAAACAUCACGUGUACUUGACUGUUGAAUUCCCACCAACCAUAGAAGAAGAAAAAGGACCAGUAAACUCAAAGAAAGGCGAUGAAACAAGUCUGAACUGCAAAGUUGAAGGUUUUCCGACACCGGAAGUAGUGUGGAGCUUAAAUGGUGCACCCUUAAUCGAUGGUGGAGAGUAUAAGAUAUUUCGGGAUAACAUGUUGAGAUUCUCCGCAUCACUGUUAAACAAUGGGGUAUUUAAAUGCAAAGCUACAAAUAAGUAUGGCACAGCCGAAAUUGAAAUCAAAGUUGAGUAUUACGAGGAACCAGAAUUCGUAAUUCCUGAAUACACUUCCCUUAACACGUAUGUUGGUGAGAAAGAAAAAAUACGUUGUGAAGCUACCGGUUACCCUGAGCCUACCCUUACCUGGAUCUUCAUCAGCUCUGAGGACCUGGCUCCAGGAAGUAAAGUGAAAGAAGUUAUCCUAAGGACUGUGAAGUCUCCUGACGAAUAUGUAUUCAAACGGAUAAGGGCAAAUCAAGCUGGACAAUACAUUUGUUUAGCUAGCAACGGAAAAAGUGAAAAAAGGUUGCUGUUUGAAGUCGACGUUAAACAACCAGCUUACAUAAUUACUGCCUUAAGUAAGCCCAUAAAAGCAGUCAAAGGGGACAUAGUGAGGAUUCCCUGCCAGGCUGAAGGAAAACCAAAGCCUAUCAUUACCUGGUCGACAAAUGGGUACGAAAUCCCUACAGGUUACGAUUCCUACACCCUGGACACAGAUGGCGCUUUGAUCAUCAACGGAAUCUCAGAGAGGGGUAGUUUUGUUUGUAAGGCUGACAACGAGCUUAGCUCCCCUCAUGAGAAGGUAUUUCAAGUAGACCUUGAAGAAUAUCCAAGGGAAACUAAGAUAUUCUCUACGUUCAAUUUCAAUAACGGUGAGGCAGCGGUAGUCACCUGCCCUAUUACUCGCUCGUUAGUCGAUUCAGUUCGAUGGUACAAGAACAGUAGAAAACAAGAUUCAGAAGAGCUGAAAUUCGACACAAUUACUUACCUUGACGCUGGGGUUUACACGUGCCGAGUUUCGCAUAUCUCUACUAUGAAGUCUGAAUCUGCAAGUGUCCAAGUGACAGUUAAAUAAAAAAUAAAACACAAAAGCAAUAAAUAAA